UUUAAAUAUUUAUCUUUUUAUAUUUUACUAUUAACGAUGUUUAUUUUUCAUUUUCCCACCAAUUCCAAAUCCUUUUUCAUUAUGUUUCUUCCAUGGGUGCCUCCUAAGCUCAGCACCAAAAUGCUUCUAAACAAUUAAUCAAAAAUUAGUAAAUAAAUGCAUCACUAAGCUUUUUAAUGUAAACUAUUUCAAUUGCAUUUACAUUUUCAACUAACUUCAAAUCCAACCAUGCCUUUCUCCACUACCAUUCCAAUCCCAACCUCUCAUUGUUCUCGCCGUGGGCGUUAUUUAAACCUCUCUUUGCAUAAUGAGAAAUUCAAACCGUUUCAUUUCGUUUCUUUCUCUCUCCGUAACCGUUUCUCUCCUUGUCAUUGCUUUGCUUCUAGAAUCUUCUCCGAUGCUCACUCUCCGCCGCGCUUUCUCCCCUUUCCGCCGCCGCCGUCGUCUCACUCCGCCUCCUCAGGAGAUGGCCGGUUGAAUGCUAAAUUUUCAAGGGAUGACAUCCGUAUUGAGGCACGUGAUGAAAGUUCUGGAGGCGAUAGUGCCAAGCAGCUGCGUGAAUGGCUAUCAUCUCCUGAUUAUGGACCUAACACUGAUAUAGGAAAGCGGAUCUUCUGUAAUCGACCACUGAAUAUGAAGAAUAUUGUUGCUGUGGGAUUUGACAUGGAUUAUACUUUGGCACAAUACAUGCCUGAAACUUUUGAAUCCCUUGCUUAUCAACGCACGAUUGAAAAGCUGGUUUAUGAUUUGAAAUACCCUAGUGAGUUAUUGAGUUGGUCAUUUGAUCCAAAUUACAUGGUUAGAGGGUUGGUUCUAGACAAAAAGAGAGGCAACAUCUUGAAGAUGGAUUGCCACAAAUAUGUGAAAGUAGCUUAUCAUGGAUUUAAAGAGUUAUCAAAAGAAGAUAAAGUUGGGACCUACGGAAAUACUUUAGUAUGUGAUCCUUUUGAUGGGCCAGACUAUGCUCUAAUUGAUACCCUCUUUUCUCUUGCGGAAGCCUACUUGUUUGCACAACUGGUUGAUUUUAAGGACAGAAAUCCUGGAAAGAUUCCGAUGUCUGUUGAUUAUGCUUGUCUCUACAAUGAUGUUCGCAACGCAGUAGAUUUGUGCCACCGAGAUGGAACAUUGAAGCAAAAGGUAGCAACAGAUCCCAUAAGGUAUGUCAAUGAAGACACCUCAAUAGUUCCCAUGCUUAAAAUGCUUAGAGAUUCUGGGCGAGCAACAUUUUUGGUGACAAACAGUUUAUGGGACUAUACAAAUGUUGUCAUGAGUUUCCUCUGUGGAUCCAGUGGGGUAAAUGGCAGUACCAAUCUGGACUGGCUUCAAUACUUUGAUGUCGUCAUCACUGGCAGUGCAAAGCCAAGCUUCUUUCUUGAGGGAAAUCAUGCUAACCUAUUUGAGGUUGAGCCUGAGAGUGGAAAGUUACUUAAUACAGAUAAUGGCUCUCCAAUGCCUCAGGUGGGUAACAUCUCAGCAGGGUUAUUGACGAAAGAUAAGGACCGUGCUCGUAAGGUUUUCCAGGGAGGCAGCGUCAAUCACCUGCAUAAUCUACUUCCAAUAGAAUCAAGUUCACAGGUUCUGUAUGUUGGAGAUCAUAUUUAUGGAGAUAUACUACGCAGCAAAAAGGUUCUUGGUUGGCGGACAAUGUUAGUAAUCCCAGAGCUUGAGAGGGAGGUUCAAAUCCUCUGGGAAUUGAGGGACUAUCGCAAGGAUCUUCAAUUUUUGAGGAGCAAGGAUGAUUGCAUUGCAGAUAAAAUCCAUCAUUUGAAUCGGUCUCUCAAAUUAGAGAAUCCAGAUGAUGAUACCAAGCAGAAAAUAAAUUCAAAACUUAAUGAAUUGAAGCUUGAAAGAGAGAUAGUGCGAUCAAAUCAUCAAGAAGCGCUAAGAAAAUUACACCUAAAGUUUCACGAGCCAUGGGGCCAGCUGAUGAAGACUGGUUAUCAGAACUCUCGCUUUGCUCAUCAGGUUGAGAGAUUUGCCUGCCUUUAUACAAGCCGGGUAUCUAACUUGGGUCUGUUAUCUUCAGACAAGUAUUAUAGACCCAGUGAAGAUUUUAUGCAACAUGAAUUUGGCAUUUUGGAAAGUUGAGCUCUGCUACUUAAUAGAGACAGCAAUGGACAAAGAAGGCACGAUAAAUAAUUGGGGGGUAAUGCAUGAUAAAUUGAUGAUUGAUGAAUCAAUCACCAUCUGAUGAGCACUGAGGUGUGACAGUAUCCACUUGUGUCUUAACACGUAGAAUUUUCAAAGGAGAAAUCAAUUUUAAGAUGUUAUUGUUAUUAAAAAGCACUCAUGCUUUCAUAUAUUCAUACAUAGGAAAGUUAUAUAAUGCCACCAUUAGUUUGGUCCAAAAUGCUAUUUAGUUUUUAUGUUGGAAAAUACUUGUGUGAAUUUGAC